AUGUCCGCUGACUGGAGCUAUCUUUGGGGUGGUUCAGGCAAUCGUUCUUCCACCGACGAUCCGAAACACUCUGACCCUGUAAGCGGAGAUGAUGAGAUCGAACCUGACCAGGGCAAUGGUAUGUACUCUCCACCCGCCGUUGAGCUUCAUACAGGCUGCAUGCUAACCGGAAUCCCGAUCGCAACAGUUCUCGGUCACAUCAUUUCCCAACUCCGACCUGGAGCAGACCUCAGUCGGGUAGUAUUACCCACCUUUAUUCUAGAACCCCGGUCCAUGCUAGAGCGAAUCACGAAUUUCAUGGCACACCCCGAAACACUACUUCCCAUGCCGGAGAAGGAUGACCCUCUCGAGCGCUUUGUAUCCGUUGUUAAGUUCUACCUGAGUGGAUGGCAUAUAAAACCUCCCGGAGUCAAGAAGCCAUUGAACCCCGUCCUAGGAGAAACCUACACCUGCUCCUGGGAAUAUCCUGACGGCACUCAUGGAUACUAUAUCUCGGAGCAGACCUCCCAUCAUCCACCGAAAUCCAGCUACUUCUUCAUGGCCCCCGAGCAUCAUAUCCGAAUCGACGGCACCCUCAAACCGCGAAGCAAAUUCCUCGGUAACUCCGCCGCGAGUAUGAUGGAGGGAAUUGCUAUACUACGGUUCUUGAACCGUGGACAAGACAAGGAGCGGGGUGAACGAUACAUCUUGACGCAGCCGAACAUGUACGCCAGGGGCAUCCUCUUCGGGAAAAUGAAGUAUGAGCUUGGUGACCACAGCUUCGUGAGGUGUCCCGAGAAUGAUCUUGUCGCGGACAUCGAAUUCAAAACCAAGGGCUACUUCUCUGGCACCUACAACGCCAUCGGUGGGACAAUUAAGAAUGAAAAGACUGGAGAAGUUUACUACGAGAUUUCAGGUCUUUGGAACGGCGAGAUGCACAUCAAGAGCGUUCAUUCGCAUGAGAAAGAACUUCUCUUCAAUGCUAAGAAAUCCAAACCGACAUUUCCCACAACCCGUCCGAUCGAACAACAAGGCGAGCGUGAGUCUCAGCGAUUGUGGCAGAGCACAGUAAAGGCCAUCAUUGCCGCAAACCACGAGACGGCUACGGACGAAAAGACGAAGAUUGAAGACCGUCAACGUGUAGAAGCGGCGAAGCGAGCGGAACAGGGUGUCGAAUGGCACCCUCGGCUCUUCCGGGCGGUUCGCGGCGGGCCUGGCGGUCCCGAGGAGGGCGAAGAAGCUCUCGAUUGGAUCAUCAAUACCCAUGUUGAUUCUCAUGAUCCCGAGAAGGCCAAAAAGCAAAUCCUGGCCAUCGCUCCUAUCUUCGAAGGACAGACGUGGGAAAACUUUGAAAUCCCAGAAUACAAGACUAGUGCGAUGAAUGGUGCAGACAAGCUUGAGCCUCAGUCGGAGAACACCAAGCCGGAACCCCAGCAAGAGAUCAUCCCGGAGAUAAAGUCGGCAAACAAUGCGGAGAACAAGCCAGAAGCCAAACAAGAGGCUACCCCAGAGGAAAAGCCAGGAAAUACGGCAGAGAACAAGCCAGAGGUUGUCGAGCGACUGGACUCGAAGACGAAUGAGGUCGACAAGUACACGGAUGCCCUGGAGGACGCUAGGCCUUGA